AGAAAGAGGAAAAAUUUGAUUUUGUUUCUCUGCAUAAUACAGACAGUGACUUUAACAUUGAUUACAUACAACCAGAAGAGCGACAUCUGGGCAUUGGGAUGCGUUCUGUAUGAACUUGCCAGUCUGAAGAGAGCAUUUGAAGCACAGAACCUGCCAGCAUUAAUACUUAAAAUAAUGAGAGGAACAUUUUCUCCCAUAUCCGAUAAAUACAGCAAAGAACUUCAGUCCCUGAUCCUUAGUAUGCUCCAUUUGGAUCCUAACAAAAGACCGCAUAUCAACCAAAUAAUGGCACAGCCUAUUCUCAUCAAUUCACUGAUGAAUCUGUAUACUGACAUUGGAAUGCUACCAUGCACUAGGGUCCAAAGUCCCCUGUCCAGUCUCCCAGGUCAGGCUAGGGGAGCUACAGGAGGAGGAGGAGGUGGCGGGAAACUCUCACCAAGACCUGGCAGUGCUACUAGAGAAUCCCUGGCCAGUCUUGUAAUGGACUCCAGUGGGGGUCUUCCCAAGCCCCCAGUCCUUUGUUCAGUGUAUUACUGGGGGAGUGGAAUAUCUUCUCCUAUGUUACUCCCCCUGCCAAGCAGUGACACACAAGUGGAAGAAGUUUCUAUUGGGAGAACACAAAAAGCUGCCGUAACCAAAAAUGGGAGGCUGUUUGUGUGGGAGGCUCCCACAGUAGGCACGGACAGCAUGCUACCAGGUGCCACAGAGGGCCAGGUGCCAGCAUUUGUCCCCAGGUACCUGGAGGGACAGUCAGCUGUCACAAUACAGCAUGUUGCAUGUGGGGACCUCUUUACAGCUUGUCUCACUGAUCGAGGCAUUUUGAUGACAUUUGGAAGUGGGGCCAAUGGCUGCUUGGGCCAUGGCAAUUUCAAUGAUGUAUCACAGGCUAAAAUUGUGGAGGCACUGCUGGGUUAUGAGGUGGUCCAGGUAUCCUGUGGGGCCUGCCACGUGUUAGCAGUGACUAAUGACCACGAGGUGUUUGCCUGGGGAAGAGGAGACAAUGGUCGCCUUGGACUGGGUACACAAGAAUCUCAUUCCUUGCCACAGCAAGUUGGCUUUGAAGAGACUGAGCAGCCCUGCUCUGUACAAUGUGGGGUGGAUUGUUCCAUGCUGCUGACAGUGGAAAACAAGUUGUUGUGCUGUGGUAAUAACAGAUAUAACAAGCUAGCCUUGGACACUGCUGGCAGUGGAGGGUCACUGAGACACAUAGAAGAAGUCCACACAUUUACUCCAGUGUCCACACCACCUCUGGUCAAUACCCCUAUCAAACAUGUGGCCAUGGGGACCUCACAUACUAUUGUCAUUACAGGUAAAGAAUAG